CUGAUUGAGACCCAUACCCCAGUGGCCACUGAGUCGGUUUUCUCGUCCGUAUCUCAAACCUCUGCGAUAACGGAGGAGUUCUGAGGAAGCAGCGCACCGGAGGUGAGAGGAGCAAACGAACGGCGAAAAUGAGCAGGGAAUUGAUGGCGGCGCCACAAUUGUACUCGGUGCGCUUAGUUCCUCGUUUAAUCUGCCAUCGUCGUUGCUCUGUUACCGCAGCUUCCUCGCGUGAGAAUUCCGCCAUUUUCCCCUCAAAUCUUAAGCCUAUUUCGUCUGAAUUGCAGAAACUUCCAGGAGUCGGUUGGAGGUGCAACUGUUCUAGCAAUUCCGGCGAGAAUGAGUACAGAACUGCUCUGGAUGCAUUUUUCUUGGGAAAGGCUCUGGGAGAAGCAAUUACCGAACGCAUAGAGUCCAGUGUAGGCGAGUUUAUGAGCGUAAUCGGUAGACUUCAAGCCUUGCAGCAGAAGGAAAUUUCAAAAUUCCAGGAUGAGAUUCUGGAAAAGGCUAGACGCGCCAAAGAACAAGCGUCGAGGGAAGCUAUGGAAGCCCGAGGAUUGGUAUCCAGGUCGACUUCAUUCAGUGCAUCUGCAGCUGAGGGUGUUGCAGAAACGACAUUCUCAGUUGCCGAUUCUGCUGUCUCCAGGGUCGAGAAUGCUGCAGCUGCAGCAGCAGCAGCAUCCACAGUUACUAAUUCAGUGAUCUCCUCUGUCCUGCCGAAGCACAAGUCCACCGCCGACGCCGACGCCGACAACUCGUUUUUCGGGUUCUUUGACAAGGAUUGAUUGAUGAAGGUAAUGUAUGUGCUUUGUGCUAAUGCCGUCUCUGUUCUUCUCCUACAACUUAUACAUUUAAGUGUUCAUUGGCCUACUCUUGAAAAUCAUAUUUGGUUAAUAAUGUA